CCCCAUGAUGCCGAUCUCCCUGCGCCUCCUGCUGCUGCUCUGCUGCCUGGCGCUGGUGUCGGAGGGCAGGAAGAAGAACCACAGCCGCAAGAAGCGCUGGUCAACCCCCGUGGACACCCACAAACUGGGACAGCCCCUGACCAAGAAGCCCGCGGACGGAACCAAGACCCGCAAGGUGAAGACGGACCAGCUGCUGCGCGUGGAGGACCACGACUUCACCAUGAGACCCGCCUUCGCAGGCCCCGCCGUGCCCGUGGGCGUGGACGUCCAGGUGGAGAGCCUGGACAGCAUCUCCGAGGUGGACAUGGACUUCACCAUGACUCUGUACCUGAGGCACUACUGGAAGGACGAGAGGCUGGCCUUCCCCAGCUCCACCAACAAGAGCAUGACCUUCGACGGGCGGCUGGUGAAGAAGAUCUGGGUGCCCGACGUGUUCUUCGUGCACUCCAAGCGCUCCUUCAUCCACGACACCACCACGGACAACAUCAUGCUCAGGGUGUUCCCCGACGGCCACGUGCUGUACAGUCUGAGGGUCACCGUGACGGCCGCCUGCAACAUGGACUUCAGCCGCUUCCCGCUGGACUCACAGACCUGUACCCUGGAGCUGGAGAGCUACGCCUACACGGACGAGGACCUCAUGCUGUACUGGAAGAGCGGAGAUGAGUCUCUGAGCACCGACGACCGCAUCUCCCUCUCCCAGUUCCUCAUCCAGAAGUUCCACACCAGCUCCAGACUGGCCUUCUACAGCAGCACCGGCUGGUACAACCGCCUCUACAUCAACUUCACCCUGCGGCGCCACAUCUUCUUCUUCCUGCUGCAGACCUACUUCCCCGCCACCCUGAUGGUGAUGCUCUCCUGGGUGUCCUUCUGGAUCGACCGCCGCGCCGUGCCCGCACGCGUCUCCCUAGGUAUCACCACGGUGCUCACCAUGUCCACCAUCAUCACGGGGGUCAACGCCUCCAUGCCGCGGGUCUCCUACAUCAAGGCGGUGGACAUCUACCUCUGGGUCAGCUUCGUCUUCGUCUUCCUCUCCGUGCUGGAGUACGCCGCCGUCAACUACCUGACCACGCUGAGGGACGGCAAGGACCGCAAGCUGCGGGACAAGGCCCGCGAGCAGGGACUGCCCUGCACCUGCGGGAUGACCCACGCCCGGACCAUGAUGCUGGACGGCUCCUACAGCGAGGCGGACGCCAACAGCCUGGCGGGCUACACCCGGGAGCCCGAGGCGCCGGACGCCCCCCCGGAGAAGAGCCAGGAGCGCAUGGUGGUCCACCUGGCGCUGGACACCGAGUCCACGGGUGCCACCAAGAAGAAGGGUCUGCGCGGGUUCCGGCUCAUCCAGAACACACACGCCAUCGACACAUACUCCCGCAUGAUCUUCCCCGGUGCCUACAUCUUCUUCAACCUCAUCUACUGGUCCGUGUACUGCUGA